GUCCUGAUCGAAGCAACUGUUUCCAGGGAGCGGCGAGGCUACAUUGCCAUGGAUGACAUCAUGCUCCUGACCUAUCCCUGUUGUGAGUACCAUCACCGAUGUAGAAGAGGAGGGAGGUGGUUGGGGAUUAAGGAGCAGUAUAAAAUAGAAAAGGUAGAGACUGAUACUGUAUAGAGAGUGAAAUGUAGAGAAUUACGUCCAUACGAUAAAGUGGAGGAGAACGCUAAUGGAAGCUUGACCUUUUCAUUGGAUGAUUGCCCUGAGGCCUCUCUCGGCAAUGGGGGUCCAGGUUUUAUGUGAAUGACAUUUGCCCAAAACACUCACCAUAUACACUUGCCUCUUCAGCUCCAGCCACUUUUUAGGAACAUUCUCUAGACUGAAACGGUAAAAUGUGUAUUUUGCAAAAGCUGUUCCUCUAGGAGAAGACCUGUGGUGGUUUUGUCACUAGGUGGUUUCCCCCUGCUGUUAUACAGUGGUUAAGGCUGUCUGUGUGUGCACGGUGUACCUGGGAUAACACAGGCUUAGUGUGCUAUCAGUCCUAGAGGAGUAGAAAAGUCCUUGGAAAAGCAGUAAUGACAGUGGCUAACACCCCUGAGCUUAAACCCUGGACAAAGCUUCUCUCUCCCUGUGACAUGUUUGCUCCCCGACAUACUGCUGAUCAACAAUGAUCUGCCAGCUCACUAAUUUGGAUUUCGGUUAACAGCUUUAGUCCAGUUAGAAUACUCCUCAGCAUCCCCCUUCCAACUCCUCAGAUGAUCCUGCAGGUGAAGAAGCAGGAUGUGGAGGUCCUGGGCUGGAGUGGUUACACGUGGUCUGCGGUUGUGAGGCCGGUUGGAUGUACUGCCAAAUUCUCUAAAACGACGUUGGAGGAGGCUUAUGGUAGAGAAAUGAACAGUCAAUUCUCUGGCAACAGCUCUGGUGGACAUUCCUGCAGUCAGCAUGCCAAUUGCACACUCCCUCAAAACUUGAGACAUCUGUGGCAUUGUGUUGUGUGUCAAAACUGCACAUUUUAGAGUGGCCUUUUAUUGUCCCCAGCACAAUGUGCACCUGUGUAAUGAUCAUGCUGUUUAAUCAGCUUCUUGAUAUGUCACACCAGUCAGGUGGAUGGAUUAUCUUGGUAAAGGAAAAAUGCUCACUAACAGGGAUGUAAACAGAUUUGUGCACAUCAUUUUUGAGAAAUAAGCUUUUUGUGCAUAUAGAAAAUUUCAGGGAUCUUUUAUUUCAGCUCAUUAAAAAUGUUACCAACACUUUACAUGUUGCGUUUAUAUGUUUGUUCAGUAUAGUUUCUACUGUAUGGUUUUAUAGACACCACAUGCCAUGGAGACCAGAAGUGAUUUAAAUCAGAGAUGCUGACUGUGGUUCCCCGUGUCUCCAAAGGAGAGCAGAUGGUAUCUUCUACACACCCUCAGUGCUACCAUUAAAUAAUUAAGACUGUCAUCAGGACCUGGGCACAGUACUGUCUAUGGUGGCACACUGCCAGCCUGCACCAUUUGUCACAGGGAAAGGAGACAAAAGCAAAGAGAAAAAAAAUCAACGAAAGGAAUAUGAAGGGGGAAAAAAUAAGAAAAGCCACCAAGCUCCUUCCUUCUUGCAAAUUCCGGUUGAAACUGCUAAGCACGCUUGACAUUUCUGUUGUAUUCUCCAUAGUCCUAGUCUUUGACUCUGAAACCGGUGUUGCAGUCAAAUGAAAUAUGUAUCAUGGUGAAGAGUCCCUGGGAUGCAAUCUGACACAUUUACACUACCAAGUUAUUUAGUCAACAGAAGGACCUGUUUUUUUUAAUCACAUUCAUUUUUGUGUUUGUUUAUGCUGGCUUAUAGCUACGAUGAAUUAUGAAUUAACUUUAGACGGGGGAGUUGUCCAUGGGAAACAUGACCACCUGUGGACUACAAACGCAAGAGGCAUCCCCGCCUCUCCCCCCUGCAUAUUUACACAAAGUAGAUCAACAACUUGUCUCUCUCUGCCAGAAAGCAACAGUAUAAUGAAACAUUGAACAUGGAAGAGCAGGACUUGAAACAUCAUUCGCCUCUCUCUUUCUGAUUUCACUACUACUCCACCACUGGGGUUGCUACGGUAACGUCUCCUGCCUGUCAAUCACUUUGAUUGACAGGUUGGGUUGUCCUCCAUUUUGUGGCGAUGAGAGCCUGUGCUGGAGGCUCUAACCCAGUGCUUAGGCUCUGCGGGAAGUCCGUCUCAUAGAGCUGUGGAGGAGCAGGAGAGCUCCAGUGUUAAUCACAGUGUAGCUGGGUGGGAGGGCUGCUGCUGCACCCAUACUCUGACUCACUGCGGCGCUCAAUGCAUCAAGCUGGGUUCUUAUCAGAAGAGUGCUGCUUGUUCUUCAUCAGCAACAAUGUUAUUGAGCCUGAUUUCUGAGUUCUCUGGGGUCUGGGGAUCUGGCUGAAGGAUGUUUACCUAACUUCCAAUGACGCCCGUGUUAUGGCCUAUUGCCACGGUGAAGGGUUGUCGAGAAUAGUAGCUGCCAGCAAUUAAUUUCUAAGUUGUGUAUUGGAUGACUUCUCUUUGUGGGUUUAUUGUAGGACAAUAAAUGGAGAGAACAAGCAAUAUGUCAAUGAGUCCUUCUCCAACCAGCUGUGAGGUCCUUCAUGGGAGAAAAUGAGUCUAUGAUUCGUAUCUAAUUAAACAUGAAAGUUUGAAUUACGUUGUUGUAUAAUGUGAAAAGCUGCCGAUGGUGACAUUUCAUACUUUCACAGUCAUACACAUCUCUCACUCUGGCAAUGAAGCUGGAACAAAGUUCCGAUUUCUGAUCAUUUACUGCAGCUCUUUAGAAAUCACAAAAUGUAUUAUAGCUGCAUAGCCCUCGAACUGAAGGACAUGGGCGUUUUGCCACACAUAACAACUUCGUAAAAUGUAUUUGAAAAUAAAAGCAUUUCUUUUGUUGGUCUGGCUGGCUGGCAUUGUGAUUGGCUGACUGUCACGGCACAGCAGUCCUUUGAUCUCUGCUCUCUCGCUCUGUUCCUACAGAUAAGGCGCCCCACUUCUCCCGGCUGGGGGAUGAGGAGGUCAAUGCUGGGCAGAAUGCCACCUUCCAAUGUGUGGCAUCGGGCCGGGCAUCGGAAGCUGAGAAGUUCCUACUGGAGGUCAGUGGGGAUUUGGGUGCACACCUGUAGUAUUUAUUUUCUCUCAAAUACUUUUGAGAGUUUGAUUGAGCCUGUCUGGAGUGCCAGGUAGGUGGGUUUGCACUUUUGGGUUCAUUUUCAACUAUUCAAUUGGUUCCAUUACGCCAGGCAAUCUCAAUCAAGCGCAGCUGAAGUAUUUGAAAGAAACCAAGUACUAUUUGAAUGAAGGUCUUUUUGGGAAUAACAACAUUUUUUAGUUCUACUUGAAGUGUAUUUGUAGUCACGCCAUUAAAGAGGGAACCUUGAAACGAUGGGUCAGUGUCUUUGAAUUAUAAACAUGCUUGUGUUAGUAUUCAAAUUCAGCAGAGCAUUGGGGAAAGUUGUAAUGCUACGCUCCAGCCUUGAAGACUCUCCAGACCAGCACCUUUGAAAAUAUAGUUUGCUCAUGAAAUCACAGCGCUCUGCUUUCUUCACAGCCUUCUUCCUUUAUCCAAAAUAGAGGGCUCUGUUUUUAAUAUCCCUUUUCACACUUGAAUGCUUUAUUCAUGCAACUUCCAUCCCUCUGAAGGUCAGGAAGGCCACUAGAGUGUAUUUCUGAGUGAAUAACAUUCAUUGGUUUUAAAAACCUCACGUAUGCAGGCCUGAUGGAAGGUUUCAAAGAGCAUUGUGAUAGUCUUUUGUUUUCCAGCCUGUCUCUCACAGCAAUGACCAGGCAGCCACACAUCCACGACUCCUACCACCACCUCUUACAGUAUGUGUUAAUUACACCAUGCAAGCCUUGAGGCGGAAGGCACAACAUCGUCUUCAACUUUGAGACCUCAAAGUUCAAGAAUUCUAACAUCAGAGUGAGAAUUAUAUCAAACAAACCAUUUUGUCACAUCACAAGGACAAGGACAGAUGCCUCUAGUAGGGAGCUGUCAUAACAGCACUAGCAUUCACAAUACCAAACGUCCUCAAGGCCCUUCGAAGCCUGCCUUCCCCAAACAGCAUGGGGAGAUACAUGACUGGGUGUCACGGCUGCCAUUUUAGAUGAGGUUGCUUCCCUUCCCUGUUGUGUUGUUAUUUUCUUUUGAUUGUUGCAUCUGCUGUGUUUACCAGCAGGGACCCAGUCUCACCAACUCCUGCCAGACUAAACAGAUCAUUUUGUUAGUGUUCUCAGUAAUUCCCUCCAGCCUGAUUGUUUACAUAAUCCGUCUCAUGCUUAUUUGAUAAACCUGAUUUCCCUAAUAUCCUUUCGUGGAGGGAGAAAAAAACAAAACAGAUAAAAGAAGUAAGCCGAGGGCAGAGGCCACUGAAGUCUAUGAUUGAGGGUUUGGUUUGGUUUUGGUAUGACCACCAGACCAGACUGGUUGCCACUGCUUGACCCUAAUUAGAGUUUGUGUGUUUGUGUGUUUACUUGUGAAAGCUGGGGCUUGUGUGGUCUGCGGCUUUCGGGACUUUACAAACAUACACACACGUCCACUGUGGCUUUGGACAGCACAAAGACUUACAUACGUCCAGUCAUCCAAGCAAACGGAGAAGGGGCCUAGCUCAUCCCCGGGCCUAUGUGUUCUCUGAGACUGAGCCCGUUUACUCACCAGUUGUUUUUCAAGAAAGAGAGAGGAGGAAUGUGUUGAUAGGCAAGCCUGCUAUUUCACACACUGAGGAAUGCCUUGGCCUAAACGUUAGACUAAUGUUAGGCUCAAGGUUGCCUGUUGUUGAGACUAUAGGCUUGAAGGAUACUUGGUGGUGAUAAUGGAAUAGAACAAUGUGAGAAAUGCCUUGAAGGGUUCAGUGGUAUACCUCCUUUCAUUCAACAACAUCUCUACUGCAGCUUUCUUUCCCAGCACCGGUACUCUCUUUUGUUUUUGUAAUUUUUUCUCCUGCGCUCUCUCUCUACCUUUGUCAUGCCCACUCCUUCUCCGUGAUAUAUUCUGGCUUUGAAGAGUCAUUUUCUCUGUUUAGUUCCCUUUUGCUCUGUACCAAAAAAUGAAAGCUUACCCCCCUGCUAUUCAUCUGCAAGACUACACAUUAGAGUGACUAAAGGGUGAAACAUUAAGUCCAUCAGGCAUGCACUUAUAGCUACGCAUGUGGACUUAAAUGUAUUGGCUCCAUAGCCGUUUGUAGGACUGUGUGAGUGCUGGGUGGUGAAACCACCCUAUAUUGCUGUGGACACUAAAGAGGACUGACUACCGGCGCCUGCGCUGAUUUAACUGAUGGCCCUCAUGACCAAUAUUGCUCUCAUAAUCGUUAUUAUCUUAACGAGAUUUCAUUUGUUUGUAUUAAAGGAUAGCUGAUUGUCAUUUUACAUGUUUAAAUCAGAGGGGAUGACCCCUGCCAUUCUAAUAUAAUUGCAUGCUGCUGGACAAUCAUCCUUUUUUAAUCACUCAACUCAAAUGGCCUAUUUAGCAAUAAUUGAAACAUAUUUAGUUAUGAUGUUGUUAGCUGAGUGUCAUGGCUCCACCAAGGGAACAAUAAUCUUACUAUGCAGACUGCCUCAAAUAUGGCACUCCAUUUAGCUGGUUUAAGAAGAUGGAGCAUACACAAAUGUUGUGGAUGUUGUUUCAAAGCCUAACACAACGAAAUGGACAGCGCUUUUUAAGGUGAUGAUUCAUUCAAAACACCCAUACACAUACUAGAGCUUAUGCAUAUGCAUAGGCCUAUAAACAUUAGGAACAUGGGCAUUGACUCUCCAAGGUGUCGAAAGCGUUCCACAGGAAUGCUGGACCAUGUUGAAUCCAAUGUUUCCCACAGUUGUGUCAAGUUGGCUGGAUGUCCUUUGGGUGUUGGACCAUUUUUGAUACACACGGGAAACUGUUGAGCUUGAGAAACCCAGCAGCAUUGCAGUUCUUGACAUGAACUGGUGCGCCUGGUACCUACUACCAUACUAUCUUGCCCAUUCAUUCACCCUCUGAAUAGCACACAAACGCAAUCCAUGUUUCAAGGCGUAACAAUCUUUCUUUAACCUGUCUCCUCCCCUUCAUAUAUACUGAUUGAAGUGGAUUUAACAAGUGACAUCAAUAAUGGAUCAUAGCUUUCACCUGGAUUCACCUGGUCAGUUUUAUUUUUAUUUUUUAUAAUUAAUAGGCUGAAACAUUUCCUUUAGCUACAGGAUAUCUCACCACUGCGCAUUUCCAUCUCCUCCUCUCUCUCCUUUCUAGAGUGCGCAGAGAGAGGGGCUGUCAAGAAUGUAAUAAAAUAUGUUUAGUUGUGAAAACAUGUUACUAUCGAUGUUCCCAAACAGAUUUCACUUGGUUUCCCAAAUUAAGCACUGGGUAGCUGCAGGAACAGGGUUGGAGAGCCCAUGGCAUACAGAGUUUGGGCAGAAUAUCACCUGUUGGCUGCAAGGCUGCAUGCUCCUCAAUCGGUGCGUGGAGUGAAAUAAGUGUUCUUAUACUGAACAAAGAUAUAAACGCAACAAUUUCAAAGAUUUUACUGAGCUACAAGGAAUCAGUCAAUUGAAAUUAAUUAUGUAGGCCCUAAUCUAUGGAUUUCACAUGACUGGGAAUACAGAUAUGCAUCUGUUGGUCACAGAUACAGUUGAAGUCGGAAGUUUACAUGCACUUAGGUUGGAGUCAUUAAAACUCGUUUUUCAACCACUCCACAAAUUUCUUGUUAACAAACUAUAGUUUUGGCAAGUCUGUUAGGACAUCUACUUUGUGUAUGACACAAGUAAUUUUUCCAACAAUUGUUUACAGACAGAUUAUUUCACUUAUAAUUCACUGUAUCACAAUUCCAGUGGUGUCAGUAAGCAGGGGGACACGUCUGGCACUGCAGGAUUUGAGUCCCUGGCGGCGUAGUGUGUUACUGAUGGUAGGCUUUGUUACUUUGGUCCCAGCUCUCUGUAGGUCAUUCACUAGGUCCCCCCGUGUGGUUCUGGGAUUUUUGUUCACCGUUCUUGUGAUCAUUUUGACCCCAUGGCUUUAUAAGCUUCUGAUAGGCUAAUUGACAUCAUUUGAGUCAAUUGGAGGUGUACCUGUGGAUGUAUUUCAAGGCCUACCUUAAACUCAGUGCCUCUUUGCUUGACAUCAUGGGAAAUAAGAAUUUGUUCGUAUUUCUUUAUAUGUUUUAUUUAACCUUUAUUUAACUAGGCAAGUCAGUUAAGAACAAAUUCUUAUUUACAAUGACGCCCUACACCGGCCAAACCCGGACGAGGCUGGGCCAAUUGUGUGCCGCCCUAUGGGACUCCCAAUCACGGCCGGUUGUGAUACAGCCUGGAAUCGAACCAGGGGGUCUGUAGUGACGCCUCAAGCACUGAGAUGCAGUGCCUUAGACCACUGUGCCACUCGUUAAAUACACUUGCCUAGUUAAAUACAAGUAAAAAUAAAUAACAAAUAAAAAUACAUUUCUGCAAGUCAGCAUGCCAAUUGUACAUUCCCUCAAAACUUGAGACAUCUCUGGCAUUGUGUUGUGUGACAAAACUGCACAUUUUAGAGUGCCUUUUAUUGUCCCCAACCCAAGGUGCACCUGUGUAAUGAUCAUGCUGUUUAAUCAACUUCUUGAUAUGCCACACCUGUCAAGCAUUUUUUGCAUUAGGAACAUUUCUGGGAUCUUUUAUUUCAGCUCAUGAAACAUGGGACCAACACUUUACAUGUUGUAUUUAUAGUUUUGUUCAGCAUAUAAACCUGGACAUUUCUAUAUUCAAUCCCGUUUGAAAGCAGAGUUUUGAUGGUUGCCCUUAAAAAGAGGAGGAUCCCAAAUGCAACUAUAUUUAUUUCUCAGCUGCUCAUAUUAACCACCUGCUCUACUAUAAAACCAGAGUAGUAGCUUACCCGGCAUGAUUGAAAAACUAACUGUGGGAAUGUUGCCUCCAUUCUCUAUUUGAGUGCAUACGGAUGACAUGUCUUUUUACUCCUGCCGCUGUUCCUGCCCAUUUGAUAAUGAGCCAUUCUAAAUUGAAACUAAUUUGACAUAGUAUUAAAGACAAGAUUAAAUUGAGAAUAGUCUGAUGGGUGAAAAUAUGAUCACUUGAUGAGAGAACAGCGUGCACACGUAUGAGCAACCUGAGGCAAGGAACAGAGCAAGCUUUUUUGUGUGACUUUCUCAAAUCAUUAAUAGCCUAUAGUCAUCAUGCAGCCCAUAUAUGUUUUAAUUUGUAAGACAUUCUAAGGUUUGUAUCAUUCACAACUAAAGUUGCCAAAAAAUCUAAAUGUAGCGUAUAGGACCUGUUUCAAAUGAUCACUUUUACGCUCAACAUAACCACUUCAUAUGCACACUUGGUCCGGAAAGGAAUUAUAUUAUUCUUACUAUAAAAUCAUAUAAAAUAAAAUAAUGGCACAGGGCUAUUUUGUCUGCUAAAUUAACUAGCCUACUGCCUAUGACAUGGCACAAAAAUACAUUUUCUUCAUAUCAUUAGGUUUCUUUAGAGCUGCCUGAAAAAAUAAUGGAUUUAUUGUGAUAGUGUAUAUUAAAUGGAUGCAGUAGAUGCAGUUAUUUGCAUGAAAAUAACCGGCUGACAAAAUGUCAUGACUGCUACAGCGCUACCCUUGCUCUGCAAAGGCCACGGCUUUUGUGGAGCAAUAGGUAACGAUGCUUCGUGGGAGGCAGUUGUUGAUAUGUUCAGAGGGUCCCCUGGGUUGAGCCCGGUUGGGGCAAGGAGAGGGACAUAAGCAUACUGUUGUUACAAUUGGAUAACUCAUUUGGCCCUGCCCAGCGCUGGGGUUGCUGUGAGAAGAAGGUUGUCAAAGGGCGGCAGGUACUUAGUGGGUAAGAGGCGUUUUGUUGCCAGUACCGAAAGGGUCGCAGGUUCUAAUCCCCGACCGACUAGGUGAAACAUCUGUCGAUGUGCCCUUGAGCAAGGCACUUAACGCUAAUUGCUUCUGUAAUCGCUCUGGAUAAGCGCUGCUAAAUGACUAAAAAUGUAAAAAUGUAAUGUAAAAGGGGGUAAGUGUAACGGUGUGAAAUGGCUAGUUCGAUAGCGGUGCAUGGUAAUAGUGUUUCAGUUGGUGACGUCACUUGCUCUGAGACCUUGAAGUAUUUGUUUCCCUUGCUCUGCAAAGGCUGUGGCUUUUGUGGAGCGAUACGUAACGAUGCUUCAUGGGAGGCAGUUGUUGAUGUGGUUCGAGCCCAGCUUGGGGCAAGGAGAGGGACAUAAGCAAUACUGUUACAUUUGUGUCUGUGUGCAAGCAUGUGUUUGUAUCUGACCCAUCCUGUUUUCUCUGUCCCCUCUCUCCAGAGGAACAGUGGGGACGUGACAUCUACAGCCUUGGUCAAGCACCUGAGUCACCGGCGCUUUGUGGCGUCAUUCCAGGUGGACAGUGUGCAGCGCACCGACCAGGACCUGUACCGCUGUGUCACCCAGUCCUCCAGGGGCUCUGGGGUCUCCAACUUCGCUGAGCUCAUCGUCAAAGGUAAAUACGCCCGCCAUCAGUCAGUGGGACGAGACUACUAGGUUAUGGAUCUCUCAAUAUGCUGUACUGUAGGUCUAUGAACCAAGGGAGAACUGAAUAAAACUGGUUUAGUCAUGUUACUUUGUGUUAGCAAUAGCAGAAAAUGGUGUAAAUGAACAUUUACAUAAUCCGUAAUCAAUUUACACAUCCCACACACUUGUCAGCUGUGGCAUAAUUCAAUCAGCACAUGGAAGUGCUUGAUUGAUAUUAUCAUAUAGACUAUGAUGCAUGUGGUAUCGUAAGCAAAGCACAUCCUUCGAAUACAAUAAUUGUAACUCCAAAUAUGUAUGUGGACACUAUAAAUAAACAUAAAAUAAUAACAAAAUAUGUUUUAUUGUCACAUACGAUGAAAAGGUUAAGUGCCUUGCUCAAGGACACAUCGGCAGACGCUCUAACCACUAGGAUACCUGCUGCCCAUAGCUCUACAUUCAAUGAAGAAAUACAACCUAUCUGUGUUAAUAUCUUGGGACUGGCAGUGUCACCAAGGGAUGAGUAAUGUGUUUGUUUUAAUUGACUGUGUUUUGUAUCUUAAUGUGUAUUUAAUGUGUAUAUUGUCUAUAUUUAUGUUUGCCUGAUGUACAGUUGAAGUCGAAAGUUUACAUACACUUAGGUUGGAGUCAUUAAAACUCGUUUUUCAACCACUCCACACAUUUCUUGUUAACAAACUAUAGUUUUGGCAAGUCUGUUAGGCAAGUCUGUUUACAUACACUAAGUUGACUGUGCCUUUAAACAGCUUGGAAAAUUCCAGAAAAUGAUGUCAUGGCUUUAGAAGCUUCUGAUAGGCUAAUUGACAUCAUUUGAGUCAAUUGGAGGUGUACCUGUGGAUGUAUUUCAAGGCCUACCUUCAAACUCAGUGCCUCUUUGCUUGACAUCAUGGGAAAAUGAAAAGAAAUCAGCCAAGACCUCAGAAAAAAAUUGUAGACCUUCUGGUUCAUCCUUGUGAGCAAUUUCCAAACACCUGAAGGUACCACGUUCAUCUGUACAAACAAUAGUAUGCAAGUAUAAACACCAUGGGACCACGCAGCCGUCACACCGCUCAGGAAGGAAACGCUUUCUGUCUCCUAGAGAUGAACGUACUUUGGUGUGAAAAGUGCAAAUCAAUCCCAGAACAACAGCAAAUUACCUUGUGAAAAUGCUAGAGGAAACGGGUACAAAAUAUCUAUAUCCACAGUAAAACGAGUCCUAUAUCGACAUAACCUGAAAGGCCGCUCAGCAAGGAUGAAGCCACUGCUCCAAAACUGCCAUAAAAAGCCAGACUACGGUUUGCAACUGCACAUGAGGACAAAGAUCAUAUUUCGGGAGAAAUGUCCUCUGGUCUGAUGAAACAAAAAUAGAACUGUUUGGCCAUAAUGACCAUCGUUAUGUUUGGAGGAAAAAGUGGGGGCUUGCAAGCCGAAGAACACCAUCCCAACCGUGAAGAACGGGGGUGGCAGCAUCAUGCUGUGGGGGUGCUUUGCUGCAGGAGGGACUGGUGCACAAAAUAGAUUGCAUCAUGAGGAAGGAAAAUUAUGUGGAUAUAUUUGAAGCAACAUCUCAAGACAUCAGUCAGGAAGUUAAAGCUUGGUCGCAAAUAGGUCUUCCAAAUGGACAAUGACCCCAAGCAUACUUCCAAAGUUGUGGCGAAAUGGCUUAAGGACAACAAAGUCAAGGUAUUGGAGUGGCCAUCACAAAGCCUUGACCUCAAUUCUAUAGAAAAUGUGUGGGCAGAACUGAAAAAGCGUGUGCGAGCAAGGAGGCCUACAAACCUAACUCAGUUCCACCAGCUCUGUCAGGAGGAAUGGGCCAAAAUUCACCCAACUUAUUGUGGGAAGCUUGUGGAAGGCUACACUAAACGUUUGACCCAAGUUAAACAAUGUAAAGGCAAUGCUACCAAAUACUAAUUGAGUGUAUGUAAACUUCUGACCCACUGGGAAUGUGAUGAAAGAAAUAAAAGCUGAAAUAAAUCAUUCUCUCUACUAUUAUUCUGACUAACUGACCUAAGACAGGGAAUUUUUACUAGGAUUAAAUGUCAGGAAUUGUGAAAAACUGAGUUUAAAUGUAUUUGGCUAAGGUGUAUGUGAACUUCCGACUUCAACUUUAUGUGCUUGUUUUUGUAUUGUACAGGGCUCAUUUGUAAAAGUGACUUUAGUCUCAAUAUUCCCUGUUAAAAUAAAGGUAAAUAAUAAUAAUAAUAAUAAUAAUGUUCCAAGCUGAUCAGUAGAGCAGUGUUGGAGAGCUGACCUAUUGGACUCCAAUGUUGAUCCAACAUCUCGCCCCUCAUAUCAUGCUCUGCAGAUGGCCCAACCUUAGUCCCAUUACUCACUCUAACCCUAGAGCCUGACAUUGCUCUGACAGCUCUCUGAUGACACGGCUCAAUAGGAGGGUUUGAUGCCACGCCAGGCCCCAAUCCCUAAGCCAGGGGAAUGAGAUGGAGAAGGAAAUAAGGACAUGGAGAAAUCUUAUUCUAGUCAUCUCCUCUCAUCCUUUAUAUCCUUUAAAGCAUCACUUCUUAAAACCAGGCCUUGAAAGCAGGGAGAGGUGGUAGAGAGAGGGAAAGAGGAGAGAGAAAGAGAGCGAGAGUAAGAGCAGAGAGUGUGGGGGGGGGGGGGGGGGGGGGGAACGAUAAUGAGUAAAGGGGGUUUUGUGAAGUAGCACCAAUAUAAUCCCAUUGAUAGAUGUGGCAUCAUGGAUUACGUUGAGGUUAGUGAUACGGAUCUUUUGGUGGACGACAGCACAGCCCCUAGCCAGUGCAGCACUAAGCUCACAUAGUGUCUGCCAGUAAACAACAGCCUCAAUCAAUUCACAGACAGCGGGCCACACAAUCUCCAAGUAAUGUGCUCAGAUCUAUAGAAAACUCUACAAGGAAUUCUGAGCUCUGGAAUUGUUAGUAGCAUUAUAGUAGUGCCAUGGUUGUUGCCAUGGCUUUUUUAAAAUUCAGAAUAUGUGGGUUAUUUUUGGCAUGGUGUGUUCUGUCCUGACUCCUGAGAGCUGAUGCAUAGCCAUUCUGCAACGGGGCCAUAACUCAUAGCUGCUCGUUCAGUCACUGCUACUCUGUGUUGUAUUUCACAGGGACUGCAGUGCGAGGCCCUUAACAAGGCUUUUAUAAACACCCCUUCCCCACUGCCCCCGCUAACGAGAGGGUAAUCAGCCUUUUAAUUAGCUUGAUCAACUCAUUUCAGAUCACACAAGUGCUCCACGUUCGGCACAUAGAUUGCAUGCAGAAAGUAAUCAUGUCAAAUGCAAAGAGGCCCAUGGAGGACAGAGCUUAGUCCCUGCAAUGUAGAACACAUUUUGUGGUGUUUCACCCCUGAGGUUUUUGGCUAAGAUUUAUCAUAUCAGUAGUCAUGUUUCAAUAAAAAACUAAUUUUCAGGUUCUCUAAAAAUUAUCAUCAUUGAGUAAAUACAUAAGUAAAUAAAAAGCUACAUUAACAAACCUCCAGCUGAUACAGUCAGCUGGGUUUGUGUUCCUAAAUACAAAAUGGUGCUGAAAACUGAAAUGCAACAGUGAUGAAUAAUGCCAGUUAUAGAAUCCUUGGGAAAGUACAGUAAGGGAGUUUUCUUGAUGUCAACUUGCAUCAAUAUAUAGUACUAUAGCCUGUCUCCCUGUGCUUCCAGAGGCUUGUGAGGCUUGCAUGAUUGCCUGCAGUGUGGAUGUGCUCCGGGAAGCGUCCAUGGGAUGAGGCAGGAAUAGAGACGAGAGCCCUCUGAGAGGAUAGUCAUAAUAGACACCGGUGCCUCUGCAGGAAUCAGGCAUUAGUCACAGCCACAGUUCUAACUCUGAUGUUUCUCUCGCUCUUAGUCCUAGUUUUUCUGCAUUCCCUUCAUCCCCUCACACAGUCACCUUUCUGUAUAAUUGUUCAGUGGCUCUGAGAGUCUGCUGUAAGUGACAUUUGGAUGGCCUCUGAAAUUAAUCCCUGAUUUGGCAUCUUGCCCUCGAAAUUAUGUUAUCUUGCCCUUUCAUCAUAGUAACUUCCUCUGUGAAGCGCUUGCAUUAAUUACGGUGCCAGCGGAGGCACACAUCGCUCAAUUAAGAGAGAUUGUCUUCUGAGAUAAUACACAUUCCUCAGAGCAUAUAUACAGCAGUUUUUUUCACUCGCGGUUCUCUGCUAUGUUCAUGUAUGGCUAGUUAAUGCGCUAUUAAUAGGUGGGGCUGUAGUGGAACAGGUUGAGAGCUUCAAGUUCCUUGGUGUCCACAUCACCAACAAACUAUCAUGGUCCAAACACAGCAAGACAGUCGUAAAGAGGGCACGACAAAGCCUAUUCCCCCUCAGGAGACUGAAAAGAUUUGGCAUGGGUCCUCAGAUCCUCAAAAAGUUAUACAGCUGCACCAUCGAGAGCAUCCUGACUGGUUGAAUCACUGCCUGGUAUGGCAACUGCUCGGCCUUCAACCGCAAGGCACUACAGAGGGUAGUGCGUACGGCCCAGUACAUCACUGGGGCCAAGCUUCCUGCCAUCCAGGACCUCUAUACCAGGCAGUGUCAGACGAAGGCCCUAAAAAUGGUCAAAGACUCCAGCCACCCUAGUCAUAGACUGUUCUCUCUGCUACCGCACGGCAAGUGGUACCGGAGCGCCAAGUCUAGGUCCAAAAGGCUUCUUAACAGCUUUUACCCCCGCCAUAAGACUCCUGAACAGCUAAUCAUGGCUACCCGGACUAUUUGCAUUGUCCCCCCCACCCCAUCCCACCCCCUCUUUUACACUGCUGCUACUCUCUUUUUAUUAUCUAUGCAUAGUCACUUUAACUGUACCCACAUGUACAUAUUACCUCAAUUACCUAGACUAUUAUGUGCCCCCGUACAUUGACUCUGUACCGGUACCCCCUGUAUAUAGCCUCCCUACUGCUAUUUUAUUUUACUGCUGCUCUUUAAUUCCUUUUUAUUUUUAUUUUUUACUCAUCUAUUUUUAACUUUACACUUAUUUUUCUUAAAACUGCAUUGUUGGUUAAGGGCUUGUAAGUAAGCAUUUCACUGUAAGGUCUACACCUGUUGUAUUAGGCGAUUGUGGCAAAUACAAUUUGAUUUGAUUAGAUUUGUCCAAUCUGCUAUUUGAACCCUUGACCUGCUCACAUUCUUCAGCCCCGGGGGGCUCAAACAAACCUGAGAGUUAUAGAGUUAAUAAAAGGCUAAUCAGGCCUAUUUAGAGUAAAAUGAUGAAAAAAUAUGAUAAGCAUGUUAUAAUAAGACUAAUUAGCAAGAGUACAUAGUACUUAUAAGUACAGUGGAAUCCAUUUCAACAGCUUCUGACCAAGAUAGCCCUCAAAUUUCACAUAAUGGAUGGAAAAAAUACAGCUACAGUUUAUAGAAGCAAUAAUAACAUUUAAAUAACCUCACAGCCUUCUACCCUGUCUUCUUCCCACAGUUCCCCCCUCCCCUAUCGCACCCCCACAGCUGCUGCGAGCGGGCUCCACAUAUCUGAUCAUCCAGCUCAACACCAACUCCAUCCUGGGAGACGGCCCUAUCAUCAGGAAGGAGAUUGAGUACCGGGCCAGCCAAUCACCUUGGUCCGAGGUCCAUGGGGUCAACAUGGUCACCUACAAGCUGUGGCACCUGGACCCAGACACGGAGUAUCACAUAAGUGUGUUGCUGACCCGGCCCGGAGAGGGCGGCACCGGACCACCCGGACCACCCCUCGUCAGCAGGACUAAGUGUGCAGGUGAGGGUCUGGGCAGUGUGACAAGGUCUAGAUACGCUUGUUAGUAUGUGACAUUCUCAUAGUUGGCCGUGUUUGGUAACACAGAAUAUUUUGUUAAUACAUGUUAUUAACCACUUGCAAAUCCUUGAUAAAAUCUUACCAUACCAUAUCAUACUUUUAAAGCCACAUACACUUUGAAUAGAUUUGCAAUAUCUAUUGUAAGAUCACUCUAGUUUUCUUUGUCUGACUGAUAUGUUUCUAGUCUUGAUAAAUAGAGGAAAAUGUAUCACUCCUCUGUGGAUUUAAACUCAGAAACCUCAGAAACGCUCCUUAUAUUUUUUGGACAUUUUAGAGAGGAUAUUUCCUCAGUCAAUUCAAAGUACAGAUGCCCAACAGCUAGAUGCUCACACUUUAUUUAAUCUCAGAGUAAGUGCUUCAUUAUAUUGUUGAAUUUGAAAAGUGGAAUAACAGACCAUCACCAAGGUGAUAAUGUGGCAAAAUUGUAUUCCAGACUGAAACCCCUCUGUGAGAUUGAGAGGUGGUCUUGUUCCUCAGAUUUUUUUGUACAAAUAUCAUUUGUGCUGGAAGAAAAACAACUAACACACACACACACACACACACACACACACACACACACACACACACACACACACACACACACACACACACACACACACACACACACACACACACACACACACACACACACACACACACACACACACACAGAACCACACAAUUCAUGCCUAUUUCCUGUGGGCAGUUGUCCCAUGUCUUCGACAGUCAUCAGUCUUUAGUAUGCCCAGCGGUCUCUUCCCACCACAAACCAUCUCUCACACCUCUCCCCUUCCUGUUCCACCAACCACAGCCUCCAUGUCCUUUCUCUAAUGACACAUUAAGCACACUCCCUUUUCCCAAUAGCCGCAGACACCACCUAUUCAUCAGUAAAAUAGAGUGAGCCCACAGCCAGCUGUCACUGAAAAACACAGAGAAAAAUAUAAAAUGAGAGGAAGUAGAGAAAGGAUACACAAGGAAAAAAUGAUAAUAUUUCAAAGAGAUAGACAGGGAAAGAGGAGAGUGAAUUUUAUAGUUCUAAGUGAGAGAGGAUGCACACAAUGUUCUAAUGUAAAUUACUUUCAGUGGCACCAAUAUUAUCCUGUCUGAAGUUUCUGAAUUUCAGCCUCUGAUGUAUUUACAUUUCAUCCCACUGUGACAUUAGCUUGUGCAUACAUGUGUGUAAUUAAAAAUGCCACUGUGUUUGCUUACCUGUUAAACAGAGCAUUUAGAUGCAAUAUAGGUGUAUCAGGGAAAAUGUCGCCUGAAUUAAGUUUGCCCGCCUUUGUUUGUCACGUGUUUUAUCACCAGACAAUUUGCAUACCAGUGGCUACUAAUAAUAUAAUCUAUAGUUUUGUCUUGGCAGUAUAGUUCAUGUUGGUGACUCCAAAUAACUGUCUCAGAUAUCAAAGCUCAACCUCUUGCCCUGUAAUUUCCCCAGCUGUUGUUUUCACAACAUACAAUGCAUUCGGAAAGCAUUCAGACCCCUUGACUUUUCCCACAUUCUUUUUACGUUACAGCCAUUUUCUAAAAUGGAUUAAUAAAAACAUUUUCCUCAUCAAUCUACACACAAUACCCCAUAAUGACAAAGCGAAAACAGGUUUUUAGAAAAUUCAGACCCUUUGAUAUGAGACUUGAAUUUGAGCUCAGGCGCAUCCUGUUUCCAUUGAUCAUCCUUGAGAUGUUUCUACAACUUGAUUGGAGUCCCCCUGUGGUAAAUUAAAUUGAUUGGACAUGAUUUGGAAAGGCACACACCUGUCUAUAUAAGGUCCCACAGUUGACAGUGCAUGUCAGAGCAAAAACCAAGCCAUGAGGUCGAAUGAAUUGCCCGUAGAACUCAGAGACAGGAUUGUGUCGAGGCACAGAUAUGGGGAAGGGUACCAAACCAUUUCUGCAGCAUUGAAGGUCCCCAAGAACACAGUGGCAUCCAUCAUUCUUAAAUGAAAGAAGUUUGGAACCACCAAGACUCUUUCUAGAGCUGCCCGCCCGGCCAAACUGAGCAAUCGGGGGAGAAGGGCCUUGAUCAGGGAGGUGACCAAGAACCUGAUGGUCACUCUGACAGAGCUCCAGAGUUCGUCUGUGGAGAUGGGAGAACCUUCCAGAAGGACAACCAUCACUGCAGCACUCCACCAAUCAGGCCUUUAUGGUAGAGUGGCCAGACGGAAGCCACUUCUCAGUAAAACACACAUGACAGCCCGCUUGGAGUUUGCCAAAAGGCACCUAAAGGACUCUCAGACCAUGAGAAACAAGGUUCUCUGGUCUGAUGAAACCAAUAUGUUUUCAGCAGCAGGGACUGGGAGACUAGUCAGGAUCAAGGGAAAGAUGAACGGAGUAAAGUACAGAGAGAUCCUUGAUGAAAACCUGCUCCAGAGCAUUCAGACUGGGGCAAAGGUUCAACUUCCAACAGGACAACGCUCCUAAGCACACAGCCAAGACAACGCAGGAGUGUUUUCGGGACAAGUCUCUGAAUGUCAUUGAGUGGCCCAGCCAGAGCCCCGACUUGAACACGAUCGAACAUCUCUGGAGAGACCUGAAAAUAGCUGUGCAGCGACACUCCCCAUCCAACCUGACAGAGCUUGAGAGGAUCUGCAGAGAAGAAUGGGAGAAACUCCCCAAAUACAGGUGUGCCAAACUUGUAGCAUCAUACCCAAGAAGACUCGAGGCUGUAAUCGCUGUCAAAGAUGCUUCAACAAAGUACUGAGUAAAGGGUCUGAAUAUUUAUGUAAAUGUAUUAUUUCAGUUUUAAAUUUUUUAUAAAUGUGCAAACAUUUCUAAAAAAUGGUUUUUGCAUUGUCAUUAUGGGGUAUUGUGUGAAGAUUGAUAAGGAAAAACAAAACAAUUUAAUCAAUUUUAGAAUAAGGCUGUAACGUAACAAAAUGUGGAAAAAGUAAAUGGGUCUGAAUACUUUCCAAAUUUACUGUAAGGGUUAGGUUGUUGUGUCUACUGGCUUGAUCUGUUGGUGGCCUGAUCCUGAUUCACACACCUUCACAUACCCCUCAUCCAUCUGGUGUAUCUCACCAUGUCCACCCUCCAGGAGUCUAAUCACCACCUGGACACCCUUGAGUUCCUCUGAUCCCCGUCUCCCAGCCCAGCCCCCAGACCAUCUGGUCCAGAACCCACACUGACCUCACACUUCAUCAUUGCAUUAUGAUCCUCCUCACCUUUGUUGGGCUGCUUAGGUCUAGGCAUAAGGAAAUAGAUGGUCUUGUCACAGUGGGGAUCUCUGGGAGUGUGCUAAUUAGCAGAGUGAACAGGCUUGGACCCUCUUGGUGUUCUUCUGACUAAAGUGAAUUUCCUCUCCAAAAAAGACUGUUGCCAUGGACUGGGUAUGUUCUGCGGUUCCGUGUGAACACCGCCUCUCUUCCUGGCUGGCUCUGACCUAUAUAGUGGAGCCCGGGCGUCCUCCUGUUGGUGCUGUAAAACUAAUGGCCGUGAAUGUGAACAUGGUCUCCACCCGCCUCUGAUGGCCAGCCAGGUGUGCUUGAUGAGCCAUCACUGUGAUUAUCAGCAGGGCUGCAUUAUCGUAGCUCGAAGCCCCUCAAGUAAAUCACAGACGAGACAAGUUAUUUCGUACCGCAGGUGGUCCCCAAACCACGUUAAUAGGCUUCCACCUGCAGCUGGGUCACUGAGCCUUCUCGAGAGCCCCCUGCCACCAAACCUCUCUGCCAAGUGUGGGGCUAGGAACAUUACAGAGAGUGCUCAUGCCUUUCACGGCUUUUCUUCCUCAUCCAUCAUGUCAGGCCUCUCUGUCAACGACUGCAUUCCUGCUUCAUUCCUCCUUCAUCUCCCAUCCCCCCUGUGGUUAAGUUUUCACAGACUCCCUCCACAGCUCAGCACCAUCCUAGGCCAAGGACAACCCUGUCCACAGGUAAUCCCAUGGAUCAGUAUUAGUGGGAGUAAUAAACCAGAAGCUCUCCCCUUCCUUUCCUCUCACUUCUAUACCGUGAGGAACAAGCAUGCCACUCUGGGCUCUGGGCCAUGUUGGGGAUGCUGCAACCUCUCUCCGAAGGGUGCCAGGGAGUGUGCGCUGCACACAGUCGAGCGUGGCAUGCAGACAAAUAGACUGGGCAAAGGGAAGGGUGUUGGCACAAAAGUCCACUUUGAUGAAAAUCCACAAUGGGCACACUGUGGCCUCUUCAGUGUUUUUUUCAUCAGCUCCUCAGUUAAAAGCCCCUCUUUAUUUAGCUUCGAGACUGUGCAGACUAUCAAUUACACCAUAAAGACAAUCCUCAAUCAGAUCGUACAAUUGUUCAAACAUUUCCUGCCGCGUCUAAUGUACCACUACUUGAUUACCCAGGCCACACAUUUUUCAGCUGUCACAGACUGAUGUUCAGAACAAUGCAGUGGUCAUGUUUCCUUCUAGACCGAGAUGCCAGCAAACAAAUUAGGAAAGUAAACAGGUGACUGUGGAGAGGCUUUAGUAUAGAUUGCCAGUGUCAUGAAAUUCAGCUUUAGGGAGAGAUAUAAUGAAUAGAAAGGGAAAAGGGAUAAAUAUCUGCGAGGAAGAGGAUGGCCUUUUGAGUGGUGAGUGUGUGCGUGUGCAUAUGCCUGUUUGUGCUCGUAUGUGUCCUUUCAGACUUAGAGAGAGCACCUUUCAAAUCCAUAUCCUUUGAUUACUCCCUUUGUUCCUUCAAGCUUCCCCUCGCUCAUCGAUGCAUUAGCUCCAUUGUUUUAGUCCUCAGCACAAAUAGCUGCAGUGAGAGAAGAAUCCCUUUGAGUGUGAUAGUCAGUGCAGGAAUGAAGAUGGUGGCUGGUGUUACCUUACUCUUCUCACUGCUGAGCCCUCCGCUCCAUAUCUCCUCUGUCACUCUCACUCUCCUCCACCAUUAGUCACGCAUCCCUAUUAAAAGAACAAAGCAAUACAAUACAUUAUGUGGAAUAUUGUUUGACAAAAAGGCAUCGAUUGUGUUAAUAAUGGGCUGUGACAAAUGCCUCCAUUGGUAGUGUGCUCCCUGAAAGUGUCCUUGGCUCACCCCUGCAGCCUGUAUCUCUUACUGCAACACUGACUGGCUUGUGCCUUCAGGCAUAGAGGCUUCUCAGUAUCUCUGUAUCCCUCUAUCUGUCUAUGCCGAGGGAGGAAAAGAAAGACAAGGCUGUAGUUCUCUCUGUUUGAGUCAAAGGAAAACAGGGUUGACCCCAAACCCGGCAGUGACCAGAAGUAACUGGGUGACUGCUAAAAAUAAGCAGCCCGUCCACAAUGACCCAGCAAUAAAGAUAACCGGUGGAAUUGAACGCCCUUGGACAGCUCUCUUAUUUUUGGUUCUGAAUUUGGCCUCUGGGCAUGGAACUAUAGUGGACACUCAAUUUGCUAGUUGACACAGAGGCGGGGACUGGCGGGGGUGUGACAGAGACCCGCAGCCUGUCCCAUUAAUUAGCGUAAUUGGCACUAGUCCGUGCAUGGCUGGCGGGGGACGUGGGUGUGCCGCGCCCACAGUUUUUCUCUGGCAGUAAAACUGUUGACCUCUAUGAUGGGACAUGGUAGUGCCACCUAGCUUGGAUGAACAGCUUCCAACACAUCGGCGUGACCGAGAGAACGUUGUCAGAACUUGUCACACAUGGGAGCAUCAGGGCUAUUACUAAAGGAUUUCAUUAAAACAUAAAGAUUUCGUAAUUUACACUGUGUUUAAACAGUUUAUAUUUAACCUUUAUUUAACCAGGUUAGUUUCUUGAGAUAAAAAUAUAUUUUUCAAAAGAAGACCUGGACCUAGUUGAUAACAAGGCCUUCUCUCGCUCUUCCCUUCCCUUCCUCCCCCUGCCAUCCUCCCUCUCUGUUAGAACCCACACGGGCCUUGCGAGGUCUCACAGCCUCAGAGAUCCAGUCCAGGCAGCUGACCCUGCAGUGGGAGACGCUGGCCUACAACUUGACCCGCUGCCACACCUACUCUGUGUCACUGUGCUACCACUAUGCCACCGCAGGGGGCGGUGGAGGGCAAAACACUACUGUGCGCGAGUGCCUGGCGGUGGAGCACAACGCCUCACGCUUCACCCUGCGCGACCUGCCGCCCUACCACUCCAUCCACGUCCGUCUGGCGCUCGCCAACCCUGAGGGCAAGAAGGAGGGUCGGGAGGUCACCUUCCACACUGAAGAGGACAGUAAGUGAUGGGAGAAUGUUGGAGACAUAUUCUGUACGUAGGAGCUCAUACAGGGUACAUUCAUAGAAACCAGAAUAACAUGGGAGAAUGUUGGAGACAUAAAAAGGAACUGAUACGUACAGGGCACAUAUUCAUAGAUAGGAACCGUCUUGUGUUGAAGUGCCCUAAUGCCAAAAUAAUAUUUUUCAGUGGUGCAAUACUCCAGUCUUGUCAGGCCAGAGUUCAGGUUGUGGGUUACUAUUCACAAAAAUGUGUGGCGGCUACUGAACACUGCUGGUACAUUAUAUCAGUGCUUUUAGAUGUACCUGAUAGCCUGGCAAGGUCUGUUGGCUGCCAUCCAACACCCUCACAGACUGUUCGGGGAUCAAUUUGGUGUCUGUCUGUUUAGGUAGUGGUGAAACUUCUGUGAGACCAAAAUAACCUAAAGUCAUUCAAAACUUUUCUCCGGAGUGUAUUAUCUCCACUCUGCUCUAAAUUCAAAUUUGUGUUAACAAAUUAACAAAAAUAGUGCCGUUCAAAUGGGGGAAAAAAUCUAGCUAUCUAUACAGUUGGGAUUGAUAACACUGGGACAGUCAACAUCAGUAGCUACAGUUUGAUUGAAGGGAUUCAUAACUAUCAUGGUCCAUCUCCUUUCCCAUGCGGUUGUGUCUCAGUAUACUUGAAUAAAAGCAUUGUCACCAUCUCCAAGAGGCUGCAUUAGCAUACCAAAGGAUCCGUCUCAUUCUCAAAUGAAAAUGAAAUAUUAAUAAUCAUAUCUGAGGCCCACCAGUAAGCCAGAGAGAACGGAUUUCCCCCAUAUCUCCCAAUAUAUAUUCCUUUUGUGCCAAGGCAGGCAACAGCCUCUGUGCAUUGCAGAUGCCUGACUGAAGGACAAAUACAUUUUUCCAUGAAAAAUAAACAAAACAAAUGCACUGUUCUCACACCAAAGGGAGAAAUAAAGAAAUGUGUGUGAGAGAGAGAACGAGAAUGAGAGAAAAGAGAGAGAGAGAGAGAGAAAAAAAAGAGAUACCUGUCAAUUAUAAACACACUCUUCAAAAGCUUUUAAUCAGCAACUCUCUUUCCAGACUCUGUCACUACCGAAAUAACACCAGACAGCUGUUUCCUCACAGGGCUGAAUGGUUGUUGCUUUAGUCCCAGUGUAGAUCUCUCUUCCCCCCACCACCACUCUACCCUGCACUCUACAAACCCAGACUAAUGGGGAUUGUGGUCUGGAAUAGAAAACCACAGAGCACAGAGGAUACUAUAAAAACAGUUAGCAUUGUUUUUAUAUGGAUGUGUCUAGGCCAGGCUUCCCCUGGUGUCCAGGCCAGACAGAGUUUUAACAGCAUUCAGCAUUUAUACUAAUGAAUGUCGUCACUGGCCAUCAGCUGAGGAUGCAUUUAAUCACCACUAUUUCACUGAGGUAUUUUGAAGGCAUAAGACUCCUGGUACAAUAGAAAUGAUCUGUCCACUAUAGUACAGUAAUUAUAUCAUGUCACUGUCAGACUCAGUGCUCAACGUAAUGUCUUUAAGGGUCUCUGCAUCACGUAAUAUGAACAUUUACAUUUACAUGUUUAGUUUUUUGGUCAUUUAGCAGACGCUCUUAUCCAGCGCGACAUACAGUUAGUGAGUGCAUACAUUUUUCAUACCUCACCAUCAUGAUGAUAGUAUGAACCUGAUCAGUCUUAGUUGACUGUAAGUACUUGUUAUUUACUAUAGUGGUUUUACUCAGUGGUUUUAUACCCCCUUGUUUCUGAUCCGUCAAUCAUCUCCUAUUCUCUUUGCUUGUACUCUCUCUGACUCUGGCCCUGACUAUAUACACUACGGUUAACACAAAAUAGAGUCCCUUAUGUCCAACACAAUGCAGAAUUCUCAGUUCCAAGGCUAACAUUGUGAGAGAGACUCCGUGACAUUGACCACUGAAUAUGAUAUUGACAUUAUGAGAUGCUUGCCAUGAUAUUACCGCUUCAAUUUCCUGACCUGUGUGUGCACUGCUUAUUUCCCAUAGUUCCCGGCGGCAUCGCCCCUGAGUCGCUGACCUUCACCCCCCUGGAGGACAUGAUUUUCCUCAAGUGGGAGGAGCCAGUGGAACCCAACGGUCUCAUCACCCAAUACGAGGUAAGGAUGCUUCCCACUCUGCUCGAUGCCCUCCAAUCAUCUUCCUCUAAACAUCUCCUCCCAAAGUCCUCAGGUUCACCCUCCUGACUCUCAUAUCAGAUUAGAGUUUGUAGGAAUUGAUUGGUGUAGUUUAGGUCAGCAAGAGCAGUGUCACAGGCAUUGAUUAGUACAGGUAAGUUCUAGGAGAAAAAUGUCACAGAACUUUUCAAACAGAGAGUUUGAAACAAGGACAGAACAAUAAGCAGUCCCACCAACAAUUUUACAGCUGUGUCAUACAGUUAGCUAUAUUUUAUAGGGGGCUGUUAAUUGAGGUAAUAGAGACAACACAGCUAUUUGACGCUAAGAAUACAGGCAGAAGAUAUCAGCCGCUCUGUAUGUGUGGUUAUGUAUGGCAUUUUUAUACAAGCUCAUAGUCCAUCCCCAGAGCGCUCUGUUUCUCUCCACUCAUCUAACAGUACAUCUAGAGCUAGCAAAUAGUCUGGCACCUUGUCACCAACAUUUUUCUGCAUAUAGCACUGCCAUGCAUCAUCACGUUAGUCUCACCCUAAUUUAUUAGCACUCAUUUAUUCAUGCUAAUUUUGGAGUAGGUCUCAGAUGACAAUUUGCAACGUUAUUCUCACUUUCUCCCUUUUGCCUUCACCUAUGGUAGGGGCUCAGCACAGUAUUACCUAUACCAGCCUCAAGCCUUCCCCCAGCCCUCUCUAUUUCAAUGUCGUCUCAAGGAGGAUAUUAUUAAAUGGGAUUUGUGGUUUGACAAAUAAAGUGGAGGCAGGGAUGGAUUUUCUCCCUGUAGCAUCCUGAUCUCUCUGAGCUAACAAAGAGAGCUUUAGACGGAGCCACAGAAGAAAUCCUCUUCAUUUCUCUCCCAUUAAAGCAUUGACCUGUCUCCCUGAGCCCAUCGACCGCCACGACUCCAGCCUCACAAGCCCCUUCUUGGUCCUCUUUGGUCUUUCUGGAGGCUAUUAUCGGCAUUUAUAUUGGGGGUUUUAUGUGUGUACUGUGCACAGUAAUUGGCUGUCUUCACAGUUACCACGCCUGCAUGGGCAUAUCGUGCUCUUAAAAUUAUCUGCAAAGUCAAUAGUUUGAUUCAAGUCAAGUCAGUGGGAAGCGAGGCUUGUCUGUGUCAUUUAACAUUCCCAGUUUUUACAUUCCUCUCUGACGCCACAUGGUUGGAAUCCCAUAAGACAGUUUGACUGGGUGGGAAAAAGUUGAUUCCAACAGCAUCAAUAUUUCACACAGAACACAUUUCCACAUUAGCAUGAAUGUCCUUCAGGCUUGGCAAUUAUGAAUGUAUUAGCAAGCUAAACAAAAUCAUUAGCCUCUUGUUAUUGAGCAACCCACAGGUUGGGAAAUUUGUAAACACACAAAACAAUAACGGUUUGAUAAUGAUUCCACUUUCAUGACAAAAUAACAAUAUUACACAGGACUGCAUCACAUACGCUGCUGCUACUACUAUACUAUAUAGACUCCUGAGUGGCGCAGUGGUCUAAGACACUGCAUCGCAGUGCUAACUGUGCCACUAGAGAUCCUGGUUCGAAUCCAGGCUCUGUCGCAGCCGGUCGCGACCGGGAGACUCAUGGGCGGCGCACAAUUGGCCCAGCGUCGUCCAGGGUAGGGGAGGGAAUGGCCGGCAGGGAUGUAGCUCAGUUGAUAGAGCAUGGCGUUUUCAACGCCAGGGUUGUGGGUUUGAUUCCCACGGGGGGCAUAGUAUAAAAAAAUAUAUGUAUUCACUAAAUGUAAGUCGCUCUGGAUAAGAGCGUCUGCUAAAUGACUAAAAAUGUAAAUGUAAAAAUACUAUUUCCUAUCUGUCACUUUAUUCCUAGUUAUAUGUACAUAUCUACCUCAAUUACCUUGUACCCCUGCACAUCGACUCGAUACUGGUACCCCGUGUAUAUAGGCAAGUUAUUGUUACUCGUGUAUCUAUUAUUACUUUUAUUAUUACAUGUUUUACUUUUCUAUUAUUUCUCAUUUCCUUUCUCUCUGCAUUGUUGGAAAGGGCCCGUAAGUAAGCAUUUCACUGUUAGUCCACACCUGUUGUUUACGGAGCAUGUGAUUAUUUUUUAAAAAUAUUAUUUUGAUUUGCAAAGCAAAAUGACCAAUCAGUACAUCGACUUAGAGCAGCAGCACAAUUUUCAAAGUCAGAUGUGAAUCCUCAGAGAAAAUCUAUUGAACAAAAGUUAAAGGAUAGUUGCUCCACAAAGUUAAUAACUCAUGCUCUCAGAAAUAAUUGCAGUAUGAAUCAUUCUGGUGUCUUUUCUUAAUUUGACCACAGAUCAGCUACCAGAGCAUUGAGUCGUCUGACCCGGGCAUCAACGUGCCAGGACCUAGGAGAACAGUGUCGAAGCUGAGGAAUGAGACCUAUCACAUGUUCUCCAACCUUCACCCUGGCACCACAUAUCUGAUUUCGGUCCGCGCCCGCACAACCAAGGGCUUCGGCCAGACUGCCCUAACUGAGAUCACCACCAACAUUUCUGGUGAGCAUCGGUGUGUGUGUGCACAUGACAUUACAUUUCAUAACACUUUUCACAACACAUUAAGUGUGUUCCCUCAGGCCACUACUCUACUAUCCCAUAUCUACAAUACAAAAUCCCUGUGUACGUGUGUGUAGAGUGCAUUUCCGUGUGUGUGCCAUGUCAACAUUUGUACAUAGCUUGGAUCAAAGUUGAACAUCAACUGUCUGAAGGAGAUAACAGGAGUCUGUAAAUAGACUAUAUAUACAAAAGUAUGUGGACACCCCUUCAAAUUAGUGGAUUUGGCUAUUUCAGCCACACCCGUUACUGACAGGUGUAUAAAAUCGAGCACACAGCCAUGCAAUCUCCAUAGACAAAUAUUGGCAGUAGAAUUGCCUUACUGAAGAGCUCAGUGACUUUCAACGUGGCACCGUCAUAGGAUGCCACUAGUUCGUCAAAUGCCCUGCUAGAGCUGCCCCCAGUCAACUGUAAGUGCUGUUAUUGUGAAGUGGAAAUGUCUAGGAGCAGCAACGGCUCAACCGCGAAGUGGUAGGCCACACAAGCUCACAGAACGGCGUAAAAAUCAUAAUCUGUCCUCAGUUGCAACACUCACUACCGAGUUCCAAACUACCUCUGGAAGCAACGUCAGCACAAGAACUGUUCGUCAGGAGCGUCAUGAAAUGGGUUUCCAUGGCCGAGCAGCCGCACACAAGCUUAAGAUCGGCUAGAGUGGUGUAAAGCUCGCCGCUAUUGGACUUUGGAGCAGUGGAAAUGCGUUCUCUGGAGUGAUGCCAGGUGAACGCUACCUGCCCGAAUGCGUAGUGCCAACUGUAAAGUUUGGUGGAGGAGGAAUAAUCUGUCUGGGGCUGUUUUUCAUGGUUCGGGCUAGGCCCCUUAGUUCCAGUGAAGGAAAAUCUUAACACUACAGCAUACUGUACAAUGACAUUCUAGACAAUUCUGUGCUUCAAACUUUGUGGCAACAGUUUGGGGAAGGCCCUUUCCUGUUUCGGCAUGACAAUGCCCCCGUGCACAAAGUGAGGUCCAUACAGAAAUGGUUUGUCGAGAUCGGAGUGGAAUAACUUGACUGGCCUGCACAGAGCCCUGACCUCAACCCCAUCGAACACCUUUGGGAUGAAUUAGAAAACCGACUGCCAGCCAGGCCUAAUCGCCCAACAUCAGUGCCCGACCUCACUAAUGCUUAUGGCUGAAUGGAAGCAAAUCCCCUCAGCAAUGUUCCAACAUCUAGUGGAAAGCUUUCCCAUAAGAGUGGAGGCUGUUAUAGAAGCAAAGGGGGGACCAACUCCAUAUUAAUGCCCAGGAUUUUGGAAUGAGAUGUUCGACGAGCAGGUGUCCACAUACUUUUGUUCAUGUAGUGUAUGUUUGAAGGGUGUUACAGCAAUAUGUUAAUUGAUGUUGCACAUGGCUAUAAUCACAACUCCUCUGGGUCUCAAGUGAAUGUUGUGAGAUAGACUAAUUAAUUCCUAUAUAUCCAUCAGAGGAAAAAUACCAAUGACAUGCCCUCUUCUAUAUGGUGUAUGUCUCCCAUCAUUUGCAUAGAUUCCCAAUACUGCAGUCUCUCUAUCCGAGGGAAGGUAUCUCACUGAAGACUGUUGUCUGAGCUCGUGCAGCUGUGUAGUUAGCUAUAGUAGGUUUCACUCACUCUGUGCUUUUAUUAGGGUCUGAAUGUGACUUUCAACCUCAGGUGCUUUAUCCUCGUGCAGUGGCAAAACAACUCCUCCAAGAAUAUAAGUACAACCACUCCCAUCCUCUCAAAAGGAGUGACACCCUGUCAUCGCGCACAACAAAGCACAAAGAGCAGAGGGGAAACAAGGAUUGUUAUGUGUAAGGAUAGAUGCAGUGCUAUCUUCAUGGGACCAUGCAGCAUCUCCCAGCUGAGAGAAAGACAGACUCUGAGCUUAUUACUGAAGAAGGAAAUCCACCCCUGGUGUUCCAUUCACUUUUAAUGAUGCAUGUUUCCCUGUGUAAAAAGGCAGGAAUAAAAACACCUCAGAGGAAACCUCAAUGCAGCUCUCUCUCUCUCUCUCUCUCUCUCUCUCUCUCUCUCUCUCUCUCUCUCUCUCUCUCUCUCUCUCUCUCUCAGUGGGUGUAUGAGUGUGUCUCCACGCAAAGGAGAAUACUGAGAGUUUUUAAUUAUAGAUUUACUGCUUAAUCACUCCUUGGUGGCUGUAUGUCAGACAGGGACCUGCUGGCACGUGGCCAGAGAGAGAGUCCAAAAGUCAUUAUGUAUCAUCCUCCCCCUCCAUACCCCCUCUACUGGCCUACAGUGCAGAACAGCAGAACAUUCACUUGUACUGAGCAUCUUUCAUUGCUACACUGACAACUAGCUUAUAGCGCUUAUAACGAACUCAACAUACUGUACGUGCACCCCUACUAAGACAGCCAGAGAGCCUGCCGUCUACAGUCUACACUCUUCCAGAGUGAACUACCACAGAGCACUCUCUGAACUGUACACAACCCUCAAGCUAAUUCUUACUUUAUCUCCAUUGAGCUUACUCCAAUAAACCCCCUCCCAACCGACCAACACCUUUCUGAAAUCAAACACCUCACAGACUCUUCGUAGCACGCUAGAGCUUUUAUGUUGCGUGUGAAUAAAAUAAACACACACACAUUAAACGCCUCACUUUAAUUGAAGGCAGCUUAUUCAGCUAGCUGCAAUUUUCCAAACCCUCUUUUUUUAAUACCAUAAUCAUUGAUUCCUCCGUGAUAGUUUGCCUUUCCUCCCCCUCACUAAUUGACUAGGGAUAUUAAAGACACGCCGUGCAGAGGGAGGCAUCUCCUGGGAGAAACACAGCUUCGGCCAAAUCCCUUUAAAUGAGAAGCUCCUUCUAUAUGUCCUGCACUCGCAGGACUUUAAAUUGCACUCGGUAUCCAAGACAACCAGAACAUAGGGAAAUUCGGGAGGGCCAUUUCUGGGGGAACGGUGACAUUGUUUUGUGGAUAUGAAAUUGACUGUCAGUUUCACAAGAGUUGAUGGGGUCUGCAGACCUUUUAUGAGAGAAUAGGGAAAGAGGCUGUGUGUUUAUUAGAUAGGAUGUGUGGAUAGACUCAGCUGGUUUUAAAGGGGACUGAUGAAGGAUGUGUCUGUGUACGUGUGUGUGUCUGCAUGUGAGUGUGUGGCGUGAGAGUAUGUAUAUUAUCUUGUUUAUUACAAGGUCAGUCUAAUUGCUAUAUAAAAUAACUUGGUCUGUACUCCUGUGCUCCUGUCUCUUCAGCUCCAAUGUUUGACUAUGGAGACAUGCCGUCCCCUCUGAGUGAAACAGAGAGCACGAUCACUGUGUUGCUUCGCCCCGCCCUGGGCAGGGGAGCACCCGUCAGGUGAGAACACAACAGCAACAGACACACACAGACAUGUACACACAGAGAACAUUGUUCAUAGUGACAUUUCCAUUACAAUACAUAGAUAUUUAGGAUUUAUAGACAUUUUGAUGUCACAUUUACAGCACAUACAUAUUAUUUGCCAAUGCCCCCAUAUGAUCAAACUUAAUGAGAAACAUCUUACAAUAAUUUAUACCAACCUCUUAUAUUGUGCCCUGUCUCCACCAGUAAGUACCAAGUUGUGGUAGAGGAGGAGAGUGGCAGGAAGGUGAAGAGGGAACUGGGGGUUCAGGACUGUUACCCUCUGCCCAUGUCCCACGGGGAUGCUCAAGCCAGAGGGACCCCCCACUACUACACGGCCGAGCUGCCCCCCAGCAGCCUGCCUGAAGCCAGCCCCUUCACCGUGGGGGACAACCACACCUACAAUGGCUACUGGAACACCCCGCUGGACCCCCGCAAGAGCUACCUCAUCUACUUCCAGGCCAUGAGCAACUUCAGAGGGGUGAGUACAGGGCUUGAAGAAGGCUGUGGCUGA